AUGCCAGCUGCAGAGUCGUCCAAUCCCGUCAUAGUCCUCCUUCCGGAUGGCUCUAUUCGUUUGUAUCAUGAGCCACUGCUGCAGGUUGCGGACGUUUUGAGAGGCUUCCCCUGUCAUUCUCUCGCGUCGCUCAACCAACCACUUCAAGAAAAUAGCGCCGCUGAUCCUAUAGCCGGGGCGACACGCUCUACAGCUGCAGCAGACAGCCAUUCCCCCAAACCUGCCUCCAUUAAUGUCAUCCCACCGCCGGUCGCGGCAGCUGCGGCUACUGCAAGCAGCAGCGGCGGGUCCCCAGUUGCAGGAACAUCCGCGGGGCUCCUUUUCCCCGCCGCCUCUGCGCCCAAACCUCCGCGGGAGCCGGCCGUUCCCGCGCCCCUUCCGCGGGAUCAGUUUCUGCAGCCGGGCGGGACGUACGCGCUGUUCCGCCCUGCGGCUCUCGCGCGCGCUGCGUCGGCCGCAUUUGCGGAAUCUUCCUCGAGUUCCUUGCGAUUUGAAUGGAUUACGGAUUCGCGCUCAGACCAUUCACGUGCCACCUCCGGCGCUAUGGGGCGCCGCGAAGCGCCGAUCCAAGAUCCGAGGUUAAUCAAGGCGACGCGGCAUCAUGAGCCUCCAGCCGACGUUACUAGAUCUGCGCGUGCCGACUCGGAAUGGGAGCCAGAUGAUGACGUCAUGCGUGCAAUGAUCCCCCCGGCCGCCGCUGUUAGCUGCUUCAUGCCCGUUUCCUCCCGCAAGCCUGAUUCCACGACGGAAGAUCCGCAACGCGUCGCGGACGACGAGGCGCAAGGCGCCGGUGCCGCGUCCAACCACCCGUGCGCGGCGGAGUCGUUUCCCGAAACUAAUACCGCGGCCUCGCUUCGUCGCACGCGGAGCAGCGUCGGUCGCAUCGCCGAUGCCGCACCCACCGCGGGUUCCGCAGCUGCCCCCCCCGCGUACCUUCCCGCGCAAGCUUCCGCCGCGCCCCUCAUCUCUCCGCGCGGUCUGCUCUCCGCCUCCUCGCGGAAGCUCGUCCGCGCGCUCACGGCGCUGCCCCGCCCGCGCCUCUCGCGGAACAGCGACGUCCGCGCCGCGGCGGACCGCAGAUUAUCCACGUUCCUCGCAGCCUACGACGGCAGAACCGGCGGCAACGGCGGCGGCGGCGGCGGCGACGGGGGAGGGGACGCAGCAAGCAGAGGCGGUUGUUGCGACGGCGGAAGCAGCAGCUUCUCAGAGGGAGCGGGGCCGUGGUCUUUAAUAGACUUUCUCUCGCCGAGAGAAAAGUCGGCGGAGGGGAAGGUCAAGCGGGGCUUUGAGCUCCCCGCUUUCCGCGGAGAUUCGAGCGGCGCGAAGGGAGCCGUGGAUGGCGCCACUACCACCGUGGGUAGUAGCGGCAAGGGGAAGGGCCGUGGCGCGCGCGAGAGCAACGAGGUGGCGGCGAGCGCGCUCGCCGCCGCCGCCUUCACGAGCGACUGGGCGAGCCAGAUGGCGGAGUUCAUUGGCGCGAGCUCCGCUUCUUCCGCUUCUGCCGCUUCUGUUUCUUUCUCUGCUUCUUCACUGUUCAGCGCUAGUAGCGGCGCGGCAAGAAAUCAAGCAUUUAUUGCUGAGCGACAGCAAAGAGUCGACCUGAGAGUGCAGGAUCGCUGCAGCGCGCCGACUGCCACGGAGCAGGAGAGCAGGGCCAGCAGCGUCGGUCGGCGGGGUGGCACUGGCAGCGGCGGGGGAGGCGGCGGCGGUGGGGGCGGGCAGGGGAACGGACCGUGGGGGGCAAGACGGGCGUUCAGUGGGCUGCUGCUGCCAGUGGCGGUGUCGUCCGGUGUGGCGGAGGAGGCAGGCCGAGGCAAUGGCGAUGGUCGUGCUGCUGCGAAGGUUGCUAGUGCAGAUGCGGCCCAGUUCAAGUCGCUGCGCCUGCAGGUGGCACGUCCCUCGGGUGCUGCUGUGAUGGGCGAGCACGGGGAGAUGCUAGAUGCCGUGGGACCCAGAACCACAGGCUCAAGGAGUUCUGGCACUGGCUGGGCGUUCAGUGCGGGUGAAAGGAGUGGAGAUAAGGCGAAUGCAGGAGCCAGGGUUGGAGGGGCUGGGGGCUGGCAGGCAGGGAGCUUCUCGACAGGCAGCAGCGGGGGAGGCACAUUUGGGGUAGGCAUAACCGGUAGGGAUGGAGUGGCAGCUGCAUGGGAAGCCCUCGGUAGCAGCAGGUCUGGUGUGCGAGGGGCGCGUGAGGAAAGGGACGGGUUUCUGAGGUAUGCAGGGGAGAGGGGUGGAGCCGGGAGUGGUGAAAGCGAGAGAGCCGGUGAAGGUGCGACGCGAGAUGGUGGGGCUUUCAGGGAAGGACUGCGCGUGAGGGAUGGUAUGAGGUAUGGUAGGGCUGCUGUUGAUGGGUCUAGUGCUGUAGGGCAGAUCUCGACUACCACCACAAGCCCUACAUCUCCUGGGCAUGGCUCCUCAUGGGUGAUGGACUGGUUCUCUCCCAGUGUGCUCUCCGCGCCCUCCACGCCGAGACCACUGUUACCACGACCGGCCGUGGUCACCCCUCCGUUAACCAUGAUACCAAGAGGAUCGCCCACGGAGGCGUUCAGAGCACCUCCUCUUGCGCCACCAGUGAGAGUGAUCUCCUCUUCUUCCUCUACUACAAGCCCUAGCAUGUCACUUGCUUCCCCAGGCGCCGCCAUUGCGCAAGUUUCUCCCAACUCGUUACAAACGGCCCCUGAUGCAGUGCAAGUUUUCUCCCUGUCGCCUUUCCCAUCGUCGUCCUCGUCGACGGUUGCUCUCUCCCUGAAAUGCCCGCCUCCUAACGCCUUUCUUCUCUCCCCUCCCAUCGCCUGCUCGCUCUCCCUCCCGUCGCCUUCUUCUCUCCCCUCCCGUCGCCUGCUCGCUCUCCCUCCCGUCACCUUCUUCUCUCCCCUCCCGUCGCCUUCGCGCUCUCUCCCCCGUUGCCUUCGCGAUCUCCCUCCCGUCGACUGCGCGCUCUCCCUCCCGUCGCCUUCGCGCUCUCUCCCUCGUGGCCUUCUCGCUCUUCGUCCCAUCGCAUGGGCGCUCUCCCUCCCGUCGCCCUUGCAAUUUCCCCUCUCUUCCCGUCGCCCACUUCAUCUCCUAUCGCUCACGUCCUCCCUUCCCGUCGGCAUCGCGCUCACGUUCCUCCCUCCACUCGACAUCGCCCUCACGUCCUCCCGUCCCGUCGUUCGCCUCCUCUCUCCCAUCCCGUCGUUCGCCUCCUCUCUCCCAUCCCGUCGUUCACCUCUUCUCCCCUCCCACCCCAUCGUUCGCUUCCUCUCCCCUCCGAUCCCGUCGUUCGCCUCCUCUCCCCUCCCAUCCCGUCGUUCCUCCUCUCUCCCCUUUCUUCCCGUCGCUUUUGCACUCUCCCCUCCCAUCCGCUUUUGCCAAACUUAUUUUCUCCACCCUUUUUUUUUUAACUUCUUUCAGCCCCAAGUCCAAGGAUACGUAUUUUAG